CCGGGCCGCUCCUUCCACUUUCAGUUCUCCUCGGUCUCGGCGCGGCCGGGUCCGGAAGCGACCCCGGCCCGAAGCCAGGCUCCAGCCCCCGCGCUCCAGCCCAGGACAUCCUCAGGUCCCUGUGUUUGGACACACAGCUUCAUUAGGCCUGCUAUGGCACUGUGCCUAAAGCAGGUAUUUGCCAAGGACAAGACUUUCCGGCCACGGAAGCGCUUUGAGCCUGGCACACAGCGCUUUGAGCUGUACAAGAAGGCACAAGCCUCACUCAAGUCGGGCUUGGACCUGCGCAGUGUGGUGAGGCUGCCACCUGGCGAGAACAUCGAUGACUGGAUCGCUGUGCACGUGGUAGACUUCUUCAACCGGAUCAAUCUCAUCUAUGGCACCAUGGCUGAACACUGCAGCGAGACCAGCUGCCCGGUCAUGGCUGGGGGGCCCCGCUAUGAAUACCGUUGGCAGGAUGAGCGCCAGUACCGCAGGCCAGCCAAGCUGUCUGCACCGCGCUACAUGGCAUUGCUCAUGGACUGGAUUGAGGGCCUCAUCAAUGAUGAAGAUGUCUUUCCCACUCGUGUUGGAGUUCCCUUCCCCAAGAACUUCCAGCAGGUGUGCACCAAGAUCCUCACCCGACUCUUCCGAGUUUUUGUCCAUGUGUACAUCCACCACUUCGACAGCAUCCUCAGCAUGGGGGCAGAGGCACACGUCAACACCUGCUACAAGCACUUCUACUACUUCAUCCAAGAAUUCAGCCUGGUGGACCAGCGGGAGCUAGAGCCCCUGAGGGAGAUGACAGAACGGAUCUGUCACUGAGCCCAGGCCUGGAUAUUGUCACUUGUCAGGUGGACCAUCUGAACAGUGUAGCUGGGGGAAGGGACCCUUAGAAGUCUGGUGGUAGAGAAAUCUGAAGGUCCAUAGGACCCUUCCACAUACUCACUUCUUCUGGACUUCUCAGAUGUUUGCCUGUAUGCCCUCCUGACUGCUUGUGGAGAAGGGAACUUCAAGCAGGCAACAGAAGGAAAGGAAGAGUUAAACCUCUCUCAUUACAUCUGAGAGUGGGUAGGUUACCAGAUUUCUUCUCUUAUACUUGACCCUCCCACCCUUCUAUGAUGGUUCCCAAGUCCAUUUGGGAAAUGAGGAUGUGGUCGAGGUAAUAGCAGAAAAGGUGGGAGUGAGUGCUGUGUGUGAGCAAGCAGGUGUGUGUGUCCAUGUUUGUGUGAAAGAAAGAGAAAGGUUGAGACUUUUAGCUGUAAGAUUUGUUUGUGAGAGCUAGACCAUCCCUGGCGCGUACAUAGUAGGACCUUCAUGUUGAAUGGAUGGGCAGGUGGAUGUGUGGAUGAAUGGGUGAAUGAAAAGAUUGGGACCAUGAGACCAUGACCACUGUAAGAGUAGUAAUAGCUCAGUGCCCUCCCUCAGGGUAUUGACCAUGUGUGUAAGUACAGAAAAUGUUGUUGUAGAUGUAGUUGAUAAGCUCAACCAUCUUCCAUCAGCAUAAGUCCUGGGGAGCUGGGUGGCAAUUGGAAGGGGGUGCCUGACCCUGAGUUCCUUAACCCUGACAUACUAUGUGGGGUUCUGAUUUGCUCAGCCAAGAAUGCUCAUGACUUGUCAUUUCACUCAUCUCUCUGCCUCUAGGCAGGCCUUAUGAUAGGGAUCUCCUGGGUUAGAGUUGAUCCCUCAUGUCCCUAAGUUCCCUGGCUCUUGAACUGGGAUUCACUCUAGUCUAUCUCCCAAUCUUCAGACAUGAUCUAAAGCUCAGCACAAAAUACUGGUUCAGCCCAGACAGCCAGUAGAAAUUGAACUGGGAAAUCUGGAGUUGUAUGUCCUAUCCUGGGCCACUGAAGAUCAUGUAGUUAAUGAAGAGUUCCCAUCCUAAAAAUAUCUGCCUUCUUCCCAACCAUCCCUAAGACAUUCCAGCUAGUUGGAUCUCAGCAUCUCCAUUCAUAGAGGCUGGGAUGUUCAGCCAGCAGCCCAUUCCUUACCUCACUACCUCCAUGCUGAGCCAUAUGCAUAGAGUUAGGUAGGAAACUGAGGCAGAAAUUGGAUUCUACCCUCCCAGAGCUUCUACCCUGAGAGGCUAGGAUAAAAGACCAGAAAGAUCUGAGGAUCAUGCUAUAUCAAGUUGCGAAGGAGGAAACUAAAGCUGGAGGAAGAAGAAGAGACUGCCUAAGGCCUCAGGAUGAGGCUUUGGUGGAGUUGGAGUCAAAACCACCAGUCUGACUCCCAUAUUAGAACCCAUUGAUUGCCAUGCAGAGAUACACAUGGAAAGAGGAUUUGACAGACCCUCUCCAGGACGGACUAUUCCUGCUUUGAGUAAGGAUGUCAAGCCUGAUGCCAAAGAGCCCCAGCACCCUUUGAGUUGCCUGGGGUUGGCUGCUGAGCCAAGCAAGCCUCUGAAAGUGUGGCCUAGAAACUGCCUGCCUGCCUGCCUGCCCUCUGAGGAAACAGAUGGGGCUCUUGGGACCAGACAUCUGGACCCGGGACUUCUGCUUUUGCUGCCUCCAGAGAGGAUCCCAAGGGACACCUGCUGGCCUGGCAGCUUUGCCAGCACUUCUGAACUGAGGAGAGUGGGAGAUUCCCCCAGAGUAAACUACACAUUAUGCAAUGCAUUCUAGGUUGUGGUAAGAGCUGGUUGAAGGGAGGGGUUGGGGGAAAGAAAAACUAUUUUUGUGAAAUAUAGGGAAGACUUUAUUGAUAUUUUUGGUAAAAUAAAAGGCAAACUAAAACA